UUCAACCUCGUGCGAACGUGUUGUGUUCAAAAUGAGGUGUUUAGUGGUACUGGCGUGUGUUUGCGCCGUCGCGUAUGCGAGAGCACAAUUAUCAGAGGAAGCUGCAGCAGUAAAAAUAAACGAUGAAAUUCCAGAAGAAGAAACUGUGGGAGAACUAAAUGAUAUAAAAAGUAGUUCUAGUCCUAAUCAAGAAACUGAAGUUGGUGACUCUAACACAAAUAAUAAUGAAAAAGAAUUCAAUAAAAGCAACAAUGACGAAGAACUGGAUGUAGCUCCUACGAAUUUAGCACCAAGUGUAGUAAACCCUAGAACAGAUGAAUCAGAUUUAAGCAUUAAUGAUGAAGACCUGGAUGUUGCCCCUACUAAUUUAUCGCCCAGCGUAGUAAAUCCUAAAAGUGAUGAAUCCGAUUUUAGGAUCUAUGUUGACGACCUAGAUGUUGCGCCUACGAAUUUAGCACCUAGUGUUAUUAAUUCUAAAAAUGAUGAUUCUGAAAGACCAAACUCAGAGCGUCAAGGAAGAUAUAAGGCAUUACCAGACCAAUAUGAUGAAGAAUCGGCUCCAAGAUCAGUAGGCCCGCUAACAUGUAAAGAGAAAAAUGAAAGAUACUCGGUCCCUGGUAGCUGCGAUAGAUACAUCGAAUGUCUGAAUGGCACAGCAGAAGAAAAAUUAUGUCCUGAUGGCUUGCGCUACAAUCCUAACGUACUAUUUAAUGUCUACCCAUGCCAAUACCCCACUGACGUACCGUGUCUAGGAAGGUCUGCUCUUCAGCCAGCUCAACCUACAGCAGACUGCCCUCACCAGUUCGGUUACUUUAAAACUGGAGAUGCGCGUAAUUGCAGUGGCUUUAGGAAUUGUGUGAACGGAGUUGGCUACGAGUUCACUUGCCCCGAGGGCCUCGCCUUCAGUUCUGACAACUAUCGCUGCGAAUGGCCCGACCAAGUUUCCGACUGCGAUGCUGAAGCAUUCCUCGGCUUCCGCUGUCCUGAAGUACCCAUCUCCAAGGAACUGGGACCACCUGCUGGAUUUAGAUUCUAUAGAUCACCCAGUGACUGUCAGGUGUACUUCAUCUGUAUCGAUGGAAAGCCUCGUCGCUUAGCUUGCGGUGGUUACUCUGCCUUCGACGACCUCAGUGAAACCUGCGUAAACGCUGAAGAAGUAACAGCUUGCCCACAGGAGCUCAGGUCCCGAGCUACCAAGGCGAAGGAAAGCGAAGAAAGGAGACAACGACUACUUGCAGAAACUCCGUUUGGAAAGUUGAGAUAUGCCCCCGAAGAACUUCCUACCAAUGUACCAACCUAUGGCGAACCUGAGCAAGAAUUUGAUGAAGAAAAUUACGCAGAAAAUGUUACUCCAACCCAACUCAGUCCUGAACUAGAAUAAUAGAAUCUCACUUUGCUUAUGUUUAGUUUUGUAACGUUGUGUAUAUAAAAUCCAAUAGUAGCCAUAAUUAUUGUACCUACUACCUACUAAUAGUUAUCUACGUAUAAUUUAAAAUCAAAUCAUUUCUAAAUGUACUCGUAGUCAAUUGACGAUAUUCAUCAAAAGCCUACAACAGUCCAUUGCUGGACUAAAGGCUUCUCCCAACGGGAGGGUUAGCUAAUAGUCACCACGCUGGGCAGACGUGAUGGUGAUCGCCGUAAAUGGUCUUAGUAGCACUGAGGAAGCUGCUGCCCGUUUUCCGUUAUAUUCUCUUUGUCGCGUCUUACAACAUCCGUGGGAAGAAGAGGUCUGGUGACAACUGUAUUCUUAUCUGCCGUCACCACACGCACCACAUGUCAUUAACGAUAGUGAUAUUUCCUAAUAAAGUACGUCUUUUAAAAAAUUCUUUAAUUUAUGGUAAAAUAACUUUCCCUGAAGAGCCUAACGACUUUUUAGUGAUC